GAACGAGCAGUGCGAAGGGGACGCGAUAGGCAUUCGCGUAGAGAAUGUGCACUGUUGUUGGGACUGAAAUGUAAUCUGUAGGCCUACGCCAGAGUAGUGGGCCAAGUGUAGUCUUGUGUGUAGUGUAGUCCAAGUGAAGUCCAGUUUCAAAUAUUCAUGAUUUUUGCUGAGUAGUAACCAGCGUCGUCUGCAGCAGGCCUGCGGCUGAACACAUUCCAACGUCACAGAAGAACUCAAGAAGCCUACUCCAACAACAGCACGGUUGCGUCAUAAUUGCGCACAGCCCAAAAUUAAUAUUGUUCAGGUUUUCAUCAUUUGUUAUGCGACUGCGAUGCAAUAUGCUGUUUUUUCAUGAUGCGUAUCCCUAUGUAGAGCUGAUCUGAGUUUAAACUCGGACACCUCGCGCGGUUGAUACCGCAAAAUGGCGCAUACUAGAUUCCGUAUGACUAGGCCUUUUGUGCCAGUCCCGAUACCUGAAAUAAUUGCCGAAAAUGUUGUCCCGGUCGACUAUAUUAGCCUUGUGGCUGGUAUUUUGUUCCUGUGUACCCUCUGUAAAAUCAUAGUAUCCUGGAACACCAUCAAAAAGGUUGAAUUAUUAGGCCGAUGCCUAAGGCAUCUGACGUCAGAACAUGUCUGCCCGGCGGCUGGCUUGGACCCUCUUCUUUCUCACUGCGAAAGCAUCCUGGGCAGGUUAGAUCGAUGUGAGACACAGCUUCGAAACCGUGUCCUCCAGGCAGACACGACUAAUUUCAACUGCUCAACCUCAAGAUGCCCUGAAUCUCCGUCUACGUCAAGGACCGGUCAACCUGUCUGUCCCUCUUCCUGUGGCGACAGCCGUCUCCACGACCCUGGCCCACACCAUGUGAAAGAGGAACCGGGGACCGAGUACCAUACCAGUGACGAAGAAUCAAGUUCAACACACAGCCAAACAACUAACUGCUUUGAGAAGCCUUCCUGUUCCCAUGCAAGAACGGCAGCAGCCCUAGGUGGGGUGUCGUCUGGCAAAAAUAGGAACCCUCCCAGAUCUGUGUUUUCAACUGAAUCCAAAGCCACUGAGACCGGUACAGAGAAACAAGCUAGUGCAACUGGUGUGAUGGUGUCUGGCAAAAAUAAGAACCUCCCAAGAUCUGAUUGUCCUACUGAAUCCGAACCCACUAAGAAGGCUACAGCCAAGAAAGUCAGUUCGGCACCUGUGGUGUCAUCUCGCAAAAAUAAGAACAUGCCAAGUUCUGUGUUUCCGAUUGUAUCCAAAGCCACCGAGACAGAUGCAGACAAAGAAAUCAGUUCAACAGGUUUGGUCUCAUCUGCCAAAACUGAGAACCCUGCCAGACGUGCUUCUCCUACUGAAUCCAAAGCCACACAGGCAGCCGGUACAGACAAACAAGUCAGCUCGACAUUUCCUAAUGUGAAGCUAUUCCAGAGAAGAUCAUCACCCCGCAGGCGUUGGAGGUUUGCCAUUUGGAUUGUCAGAAUCGUCGUGAUGUUGCUUCCCGAGAGACUCAGGAGUGCUGAGAAAGACUCCAGCGUGAAGUUCACAAGAAAGGCCCCGCCACGAAAUGUGUCCCCACAAAAUGUGUCCCCACAAAAGGCCCUGCCACGAAAUGCCUCUCCACAAAAUGGCCCUGACCUGACCCUUGCUGAUGCUGCUGCCCCAUCGCAAAUUGCCAAGAUGCCUCCUCGAAGUGCCACAAAUGUGUCCCCACAAAAUGGCCCGCCACCAAAUGCCUCUCUACAAAAUGGCCCGCCACCAAAUGCCUCUCUACGUAAUGGCCCGCCACCAAAUGCCUCUCUACAAAAUGGCCUGCCACCAAAUGCCUCUCUACGUAAUGGCCCGCCACCAAAUGCCUCUCUACGUAAUGGCCCGCCACCAAAUGCCUCUCUACGUAAUGGCCCGCCACCAAAUGCCUCUCUACAAAAUGGCCUGCCACCAAAUGCCUCUCUACGUAAUGGCCCGCCACCAAAUGCCUCUCUACAAAAUGGCCUGCCACCAAAUGCCUCUCUACAAAAUGGCCGUCACCUGACCCUUGCUGCUGAUGCCCCAUCGCAAAUCACCAAGACGCCUCCUCGAAGUGCCACGACCGUCUCGUCAGCCCCCAGAGUGCUCGUGCAGAAGUUGGAAUACCACCUGCGCUGCAAGCUAAACCAUCAGUCCUGGGGCUUUCCUGAGCAGUUGCUGAGGUACAUGGGAAAACAGGCUGUGCUGGACACGGGUAAAGGUAAAGUUGUACGACAGGCGAGUCCCACCAAGUGGAAGAACAUACAGCUCCAGCUGGAAACUUCAAACUCCAACCAGAAUGUGCCCAGACCAACCAAGACAUCUACUCAGCCCGCAGACCAUCCACGUGUGAGUAAGAACCCUGUGCCUCCAAUCAGCGGCCAAUGGGAUAACAAAGUGAGACCGAAGAUGGAUGCAGCAACAGAAUGCAACCUGGGCCCGCGGCCUGAAUGUUGCCUCUGGAAGAAACAUCUGGAAGAUCUGCUGAAAAACACGUGCAACCAUCCCCCUCUGCACAGCCUCUCAACAUCUCAUCAGCCUGACCAUAUAACCAUCUCUGCUGAUGGCGUCACUGUUACACCUAUGGAGACUGUUCGUGUGACAGACACUGCAACCCAGCCGUCAAUCUUCUACCGGAUCAAUGAGGCCAACCAGAAACUGAAAAAGGAGAAAUACAUGGCGGGAAAACAGACACCCAACGCCCCUUAUGUUGAGCAGAUGGAGGCCAUCUCCAAUGAGAAUAUCCUCACACAGGAAGAGGGAAGAGCUCCCAUCCUAUGGUUCUCUAGAACAACAUUCUGAAAAGUUCUGUUUACAAAAAUGGACUUAGGCAUUGCUGAGACAUGCCAUUACUAUUAAAUAUGAUUAUAUUUUCUUCCAAAUUUAAUUUCUUACCACAUAUUUUGGUAGUUUUUCAUAGCUAUUCUCAUUAAAAAAUGCAUCAAACUCAGAAAAUC